UCCACCUUCCCUCCCACCUCUCUCUGACCGCCUCUCUUCUUCUCUGAAAGGUGAAUGGGAGAGAGAGAUCCAUUGCUUCCAAUGGAUGCCUUCCUUUUCUGAGCUGCUUGGCCACUGCCAUCUCUCCUCCACCCUCUCCAUCUCUCUCUCUCUCUCUGUGUCUGAAAAUAACUCCUGAUCAGAUUCAGACUAUCAACACUGCACCUUCUGAAGCUCAGCAAGGGGGUUGAACAAAGGUUAAUUUUAGAGGCUCACUCUGAUUGAAGCCAUGGGGUCUGGGGACUGGUUCAAGACGAUCAUCAGCAAGAAGAAGUCUAAACGUGGCAAGUCAAAGCAUGCAAAGGUUGCCGGUCAAGUACCCAAUGGACCAAACUCUGUAAAUCAGAAGUCUAAUGGUCCUUCUUCUAGUAGUGAUCCUGAAGAUAAUGCAGCACUAGAGGAAUGGGCAGCUACUCGAAUUCAGAAUGCAUUUCGAUGCUACAAGGCAAGGAAAACUCUCAGAUGUCUGAAGGGGGUUAGAAGAUUGCACAUUAUUGGGCAGACCAAUCCAGUCAACAAGCAGACAGCUACCACCUUAAACUACAUACAGUCUUGGAACAAGUUACAGGCAGAGAUAAGAAACCGGCGUGCCUUCAUGGUCACCGAAGGGCGCAACAGGAAGAAAAAGCAAGAAAAUCAAAUGAAACUUGAAGCAAAACUCCAUAAUUUGCAGGUCGAAUGGAAUGGAGGCUCGGAUACCAUGGAGGAAAUACUUGGGAGGAUUCAACAAAGGGAAGAGGCUGCAGUAAAGCGUGAGCGUGCCAUGGCAUAUGCAUUCAAUCAUCAGUGGAGAGCAAGGUCUGCCACAAGUCUUGGGAGCUUCAACUAUGAAGUGGGCAAGGGUGGAUGGGGCUGGAGCUGGAUGGACCGGUGGAUAGCUGCGCGGCCAUGGGAGCCCCGGUCCAUGGUCCACCCCGAAAACCCGAAAAAAGGGCCGGCGAAGAAGGAGAACACCAGCACAAACCAGUCAGCUCUGAAGCUGCAAGGCUCAAUCAGUCUAAGCAACAACAUCAAUGAUCGGAAAAUCCCCAAGAAGAAGCCAUCACCGUCUCCUGAUCAGAAGAAACCAGCAUCAUCAUCAUCAUCUCCUCCUGAUCAGCAGAAACCAGCAUCAGCAGCAUCUCCUCCUGAUCAGAAGAAACAACCAGCAGCAUCAUCUCCUCCUGAUCAGAAGAAACAACCAGCAGCAUCAUCUCCUCCUGAUCAGAAGAAACAACCGGCAGCACCAUCUCCUCCUGAUCAGAAGAAACCUGUAGCAAGGGUGCAGAAAGCAAAGGCAGCUGGCCCUGCAAAGGCAAAGCCCAAGGACAUGAAAGGGAGCCAAGAGAAGAAGCAUCAGCAGCAACAGCUAGAGGUUCCUUCGCUCAGCGUGUAAAAAACGCACCGCGAAAAUGGUUACUGCUCAUUGUAUGAUAAUCUUGUGAAGUUUACUUUUUUCACUAUUUGAUUCUCCCUUCUUCUUCCUUUUUUUUUUGUUCUUUCUUACAGUGACAUGGAACAAACCAAGUGACCAAUGUAGAAUGUAUUAUUUGGCUGAGAGGUUGCACACAUCUGAUGAGAGUGGUUUUGGUUAGGGCUAGGAUCUUUGCUAUUCAUUGUGGUGCUGUUGUAAUGUGACUUAUGAUGUGCCUACAUAUAUGUUUGAAUGGAAGGUUUUUGUUGGAACAUCAUUUAAGUUCA